UUCAGAGGUUAUAUCAUUGAUAUUUGGUUAUGGUAAAAUUAAAUAAGAUACUUUAUUUGGUAAAUAAUGUCCUAUUUAAUACGAAGAUUAUGCAAAAGAACAAUUCUACAUUUAAUGAAAGAUAACAUUUCUAUCCAACAGUUACCAGAAAUAACAACUUCCCAAUAUCCCAACAUUCACUUCACUAGAUAUAGAAGUAAAGGAAGCAAAAAUAAAAUCCCACAACGGGUAUCCGAAAGUGAAACUAGCGAUGAAAUUAAAGACGAAGAUAUUUUCAACGAUAUCAAAGAUAAACAUACCAAAACAAUGUUAGUACACGUCCCCUCAAUGCGAGUCGAUACUUUAUUGAAAGCGGGACUCGGUAUUUCUCGAAAUAAACUAGAAGUGAUGUUCUACGAAAGUAAAAUACGGGUGAAUGGCGAAAAGAUUCCCAAGAAAAGUAUCGGUGUAGGCGAAGGAGACGAAAUUGAUGUGAUUAAAGGUGAAAAUAAUAAUAACCCCGAUUUGUUAACCGUCGCUAGAAUCGAAAUAUUAUCUGCAAAAGGUGAAGAAGAAAGCAUCAGUGUGAAAAUUAGAAGGUGCAAAUCACUUACAAUUGAAAACUAUGAAGGACAUAAUAAAUGGUCAACUUCUCAAGAAUAAAUAUUUGUAAUUUAUAAUAAUCUAAUUUUAAUUAAAAUUUCGAUUUUAUGCUUAUUUUCAUUGUUUUUUGUUUACCGGACAGUACCAGAAAUUCUUAUAAACGGACUCUGUUACCAAUGCACUGUGUAACAACUAUCGAAAAUAUGGAAAAAGUGGCGCUGGUGUUAAUCUAACAGAACCAAUCUGAAAACAAAUAUACGAUUGUCCUUUAAGACAAAUUCUAAAACACACUCGAGUUUACCGUCUGCAUUUCGAGAAUGAUUUCAAUUGGAAUGGUACCUCGUAUGCAGUUAGGAUUAUCCACAAUUCCUGCAUUCUAUUUUUUAAUCGAAUGAAGCAACUGCACAUACUGAAACGACCAGAUUCCUCACAUCUUCAUUGAACAAGAAUUAAACCUGCCUGAGGUGUGUGUGUGUCUUUUUUUGAGGCUCACCUAACAAACAUUUGUCAUUUCAUGCGUGUUGGAGAUUCGAUGAAUUACACGUUAUGUGUAUGGCAGAUGUUAUAUGAAAGGUUGACGUGACGAUCAGGUGACCGGAUACCCUAUAAUUUUUUCUUGUAGGGCCCUCUCAAGGAUCGCGUUUUUAUCAAGAGGCUCACGCACCUUUCCCAACCUCCGAACUGCGAUUGAAGAAAUUGAGGCUCUCCAUGGAUGCACAAGAUUUCAGAAUAAAACAUUUCUCUUUUCGUAUAAUAAAUUUGGAGGAGAGAAUAAUAGGUGAGCGACAUUUAAAGUUCGAGGAAUGCCUCCAUUUUGAUCUUUGCAUGAGUUAGAGAGUUAUCAAGUAUUUGCUUGAAAUUAUGAUGUGAAAAUUAGGCAAUUUUCACAAAAAUAUGUAUUUUGUUCCAAAAAGGGGUUGUUGUCAUAAAUAGUGCCAAAAUAAUAAUUAAUGAUUAUAAUUUUAUAAUGUGAAAAGAGUAUUAUCGAGUUAUUACAGAUUUAAAAAAAAGUUUUCUUGAUGUAAAACCAGAAGUAACGUCUAAAGCCUCUAAAUUAUUAUCAUUUUUUCAAAUAUGGCGCCAAAACUAAGAUUAAAAUGGCGGAUUACGGCAUUAGUAUCUCUGGUUUAUACCGCAUUCUCCCCCCUUACUCUACAUUGUUUCGUUUUGCAUUCACUUUACUGUAUCUAUACCUUGAAAUUAUUUUGUACAAGACUGUAUAUCUUAUAGCUAUUUUUUGGGGAUAGUAAAUGUUUCCUAUUAUCUUUGACCUGUCAAAAAACCGACAACUAUCAGCUCGAUAUUUUUUACAUUAAUUUUUUUUUCUUUUAAAAAUAAAUUGUUUCUAAAACCGGUCCUGUAUAAAGGAAACUAACUGAUUACUUAUUAACUUGUUUAUUAAUUUAAUACAUGUAAUUUUUACGUGAUAUCCCUUGCAUUACCGUUUUAAUAUUAAUAAAAAUAAUAUAUUAUUGAUACUAAUUCGGUAUAAUUAUUAAUAUUAUUGAAUUUCUGUAAUUUAAAUUUCCUCUUUUCAUCCGUAGAUGGUGUUACUCAUACCAAUAAGCAUUUAACGACUUUUUUCGUGUUUCAAUACGCAUGUCGAAGUGCCUUCCUUGUCUAGCACACAUUCACCCGGCUUUUGGUUUUCCGUGUUCUCAACAUCAUUCAGUUUGUUUUUCAACGAGCAAUCGUAGGUUUGGACUUUGUAAUAUUACGUCCUUUGUCUUCCAACCUCGAAUUUUGACGGAAAACUUAUAAUACUUGUCAUUUUUUUAUGAAAAAUUAAUAUUUUAUACGUUUGGAUUAUUGUUUCAGUGAUAAUUUUCGUAAAUAAAGUGACUGCGUGAUGUGAGACAAGUGAAUUUUGUUUGUUUUGACCCACACCCGCCUCUGUUUUUUUUUGCUUUAUUUUGUUUUUACUAUAACCAAGUUUUUUGUUAUUCGUGAAUUUUCCACAGCUUUGGCUGUAUGUGAAAGAAGCAUUAUCUUCCAUGGGUUUAUAAAGGUUAGUUUUCAAAUUAUACGUAUUCAAAUCUAGGUUAGAAUCAUCCUCGUAACUGGAAAGUAAAAACUAUUUUUAAAAUCCAUUACUGCCACAGUGGCAUAUAUUGAACAAUCAUUUCUUGUGGGAGUCAUUAUCUCGAAACUAUCAUUUUUAUUUCAAAGAAAACAAUAGAUUAUUAUAGUUGGGUACACAGUAGUGUUAAGCUCUAUUUACACCCACGUCGUUAAAAACCUAUUUCAUAUCAAAAUACAAAUAUACUUUUAAUUAUAAUGAAGAUUAAAGAUUAAAACUUUAAAUAAAUCGUUCUUGAAUAAUACAGUUAUACAUUACGUUUUUAUUUAUAUAAUUCCUGUUUUUGAAAGAACUUUAUUCAUACUAGAAUGACGGAUGGAAUAUGUACAGGACCGUACUCAAUAUAGAUUUUUUGUUGAAUAAAUAGGAUAAUUAUUGACAUUAAAAAAAAUUUUUUUUAUUAAAAGAUUAAUAAUAUUUCUGGUAAAUAAUUAGUGUAGCGUAUGGUAGCGUGACGUCACACAACGCGAAACGCCAUGUCAUAUCUGUCAUUUUCGUAUAAAAUUAAACUGGUUAUUUCGAGUUUUGAAUAUUCAGAUUGAUGUUGAAAAGUUAUCGAACAACCCUCGUAAAACUAAUCGUUAUUCGGUAUAUUGGUGAUUUUAUCGAUGUUGUAUAUAGUUUAAUUAUAUUCUUAGUUAAAUAUUGAGUUAUGGCAACACUGAUUUGUGUAUGUUAAAUUUGACAUUUUCGUGCCAUCAUUUUUUUUUACUUUCGACAACAAAAUGUCGAUCAAAACGUUUCGAAUUUUGGUGAUGAAGCAUCAACUGGAACCACCGUGUUGGUGAAUGAAUUUACAAAAUUUCUAACUAUAAAUCUCGUUAGAUUCGAAAGCUAAAAAUAUGGAAAAUGGAAUUGAUGGAAAGAAAAUACGAAAUUGGAUUAUGGAAAAUGAUAGAGGAGCGGCGGAUCGUUAAUGUUACUUACAGGGCGAAACAAAAAAAAGUUAAUAUUCAUUGUAAGAAAAAAUAAUUGAAAUUCGAAGAAAAAAAGAUUGAAAAAUAACAAAAUUACGGAUGGUAAAUAUUCCAGUAAACUCGCCGUUGUUAAUAUGACAAGCUUAUGAAAAAUUCAUGAAAAAAUAACCUUCGUAACCUCAUUACAUGCAUUUUUAAUCUUCGUCGUUAUCUAAUCGUACAUUACGACUUGUUUAAAGUUAAUUAGAACCCUUGAAUUCAAGGUUAACAACUUUGACAAUCAAAUUCGAACGCCGAAAGUAAAAAACCGACAAAAUCCACGGAUACGUUGAGGUGGAUUAUCACUGCGUUUGAAAUAAAAUAAAAAAAUAUGACAGAACAGAUAAUAUGUUAUUGAAAACAAAUAGUCCGUAGGUGAAACUCCGAAACGUGUGCAUGUCAAGGUCCCCCGAUUACGAAAAUAGUUUGUGACAAGUCCAUCAAACGUGACGGUCCCAAGUAGAACUUCGCCUUGCGCGUUUCGGAAAUUCGUGUCAAGUUAAAGUGUCCUGGAUUAUCUCCAAAAUUAUUUUAUCAAAUUUUAUAUAUUUAUAAUUCGAUACGGUUUUAUUAUUUUUCGAAAUACACUUUUGAAUGCGUCUCAAACUAUUGUCGAAUCUUUAGGUGUAGAAAAACGUCGACCUCGUAAUUUUAUUUUUGUGUUAGUACGGCGGAUUAGCUAUCGAUUCGAUGUUCAAAAAUGCACAUGCAAUAUCAGCCGAUUUUCGACGACUUUUUCGAAAUUCCUUCUGUAGCGAAGCGAAGAAAAUCAUCGAAAAACAGUGGCUGUUAUAGUUUUUUUUUUUGAAAAACAAACAUUUCCGUGUAUUAUUCCAAUUUUAAUUCAACAACCGCCUACAAA